CUGGCAUUGUGAGUUGGUCACCUAUAUCAAACUAAGUCCUGACCUGAAGAAGACUUCGGGAAUCUGAUUUUCUAUAAGAUCAAACAAUUUAUAAAAAAAAAACACUUGCGCGCGCGUGUGUGUGUGUUAUAAAAGAAUAAACUCAGAAAUCCGCAAAACAAUAACUAACGAUAAAGAUGUAAAGCUGAGAAGCGACAGAAGGUUCGCACUUGCCGAUGAGAGAAGAUGCCCGAAAAGAUUAUGCGCUCCGAAACCGACUGAUGUGAUGUAAAAUUUCGAGUAAUUUCUGUUAUUUAAAUAAAUAAAUUCAAAUCUAAGAUCUUACAGUAGUUUUUAGAUUGUAACAGAAAUAAACACUUAUAUUUCUCUUUCUUUUUCGAACAAUUAAAAGUGUUAAAACACUAGAUAGGAGACUAGAAGCUCCACCAUGGACCAAAGUGAUGAAUAUGUUAAUAAAGGAAGUCAGAUGCAGCAACGUGAUACACUCGAUGUUCUGCAGGAAUUUUCGGAUGAGCUUGAUCGGUUUCAUGGUAUCGUUCUCGAUAUUGGAAGUGGACCAGGAAAAGUAACAAAAAUGAUGUUAAUGCCACGUUUAAAAAACGUCAAUAAAAUAAUAGGUGCGGAUAUUUCUCAGAAAAUGGUGUGUUAUGCCGAAAAAAAUUAUGCUCAUGACAAAAUACGGUAUAUUGUUUUUAACAUUGAAAUAGUUGAACUACCAAAUGAUCAAAUUAAUAAGUAUGAACAUAUAGUUUCUUUCUAUGCCUUGCACUGGACUUACGACAUACAACUAGCCUUCACUAACAUUUACAAAAUGCUGAAACCGCAAGGAAAAGGUUUAUUUAGCUUCCUUGGUUUUCACAGUGGUUUUCGAGCGUAUCUAAAACUGAAGGAUUGUCCUGUAUAUGGGCCAUAUCUUUACGAUGCACAUCGUUACAUACCUUAUUUUCAAAGAAUAGAAGAUGAAAAUCCCGAAAAAACGUUACAAAAUAUGUUACAACAAAUUGGUUUCGAAGUUCUGCAUCUGUCCAAACGAAAAAAAAGCUACAAAUUCAAUAAACAAAGCCUGAAAAAUCACGCGUGUGCUGUCAAUCCCUUUUUAACGAGAUUACCUAAUAAUAUGAGAAACGACUUUAUCGAAAAAUUGGUUGACGAAAUAUUAAAUGAAACUACUAUAAAAGAUAAAACAAUAAACAACGAGAACAAAGACAAGUUAAAUUUAUCUUAUUACAUACUGGUAGUUUAUGUGCAAAAACCGGAUGUUGACAUAUCACAUGAAAAUGUGAAAUGUAUUAAAAAUUUCUAAUAUAAAAUUGUAAUAUAAAAUUUGGUGGUGGUAAUACUAUGUAUGAAACCGAUAUAAAUAUAAUAACAAACGUUUUAUAGAAUAUUGCGACAAUAUUAUCGUUUUCACGCUUUACGUAUGUAUUAUGCUAACUGACUGAAAAGAAUCAAACAUAAAUUCAACAUGAUUCAACAAGAUGUUUGUAAUAUUUUUAAUUGUUAAGAAAAACCUUAAUAAUUUUUUUCUUAAUAAUUUUUCUACACAACUGUGUGAUGUUCUCUAUAAGAUAGUUAAAUUAUUAAUCAAUCUUGUAUAGAGAGGUGACGCUUAUU